AGAGGCUUUGGCUAGCGGCAGUGCGGACGAGACAGCAAAGGUUUGGGAUUUGUCUACUGGCAGCUGUCUAGCCACGUACAAAUUUCAUGAAAACAAGGUGCAAGCGGUGCUGUGGCAUCCCUCUGAGGCCUCCAUGCUGGCGACUGCUUCUUACGACAAAACUGUGCGGCUCAUCGAUGUUAGGCAACCCAAUGUCGCGGUGAGCGCAGAGGACGGGUCUUUAGAGUGUAUUGACUUUCGUAAGGCAGCAACAGGCCCUGCUUCUGCUGCAGCACCAUCUGCUGCUGCUGCUGCUGCUCCUCGUUUGUGGCGCAUAGCGGCACACUCAGCAGCAGCAACAGCACUGCAGCAGCAGCAGCAGUUACCAGGGCUGUUAGUUAGCUGCGGCUUAGACGAAACAGCAAAAGUUUGGGAUUUGCGGUGUAUAGACAGCAAAACCCAGGGGCCAGUGCUGCUGCACGAGAAAGACCUGAAAGUGGGGCCUCUCUUCAGCUGCCGCGCAAGCGAAGAGAAGGGCGUCUUCGGGUUUGGGGGUUCGCAGGUAGUGAUAUGGGAUUUAGGAGAGACAGAGCACAUUGCGAAGGCUUUCAAGCUCUAA